UUUCAGUUUCACACCCCUGCCUCGCGUCAACCAUAACCAAACCUCCUCCCGUGAGCCCAACACCGACCGAUCCAUCAACGAUGAUUCGCCCACAUCACCCGUUCAGCAGUCAGCCUCGCCUUAACCGAACAGGGUAGACAAGGAUGCGAUCAUUGAAUCACCACCGUCGCAAAAGUAAAUCUCAGAUAUCUCCCUAUCCAUUAUCAUAUCAAAUCCCACCAUGCUCCGAUCCCUCCCACCAGAGCUCCUCAUCAGAAUCGCCGAAAACCUCGCCUCCAGCAAGGACAUCAACUCCGUCAUCCUAUCCUGCCACCAUGCCUUCACCUCCCUCAAUCAAUUCCUCUACAACCACGACUCUAAAUACAUUGUCCUGCAAUCCGCCAUCCGGGGAAAACCCGACACCCUGCGCCGCGCAAUCCAGUACAACCUGGACAUGAACGUAACAGAGGAAUGGGGCAACAACACCCCCCUCCUGCUAGCGACGCGAUUCCGACACCUCGCUUGUGUCGAGCUUCUACUCACAGUCCAACACCUCGACUUCACAACCAAAGACAAAGAGCACGAUCGCACAGCAAUCCAAUGGGCCACGAAAACCAACGACGCAGAGAUGCUCCAGGCCCUACUCUCCUGCCCUCGCUUACCACCCACCGUAGCCUCCUCAGCCCUCUGGACAGCCGUUCACGACGACCGGCACAAAAAGCCCCCGGACGCACUCAAACUCCUCCUCAGACACGACAGAAUCGACGUAAACACCACUUUCAACGGAGAGACCGCGCUAGCCAUCGUAACGGCGCAGCAAGAUCAAAUCACGCAGCAUUUACUAAUCGGCCACGAGCGCGUGGAUCUGGACUGCCGGGUAUGGAAGCGCGCAGGGGGCGUACCUCGAUUGAACCCCGUGUCUCUAACGAUCCUGCGCGAUGGACAUGAAGACCUCGCGAGCUGGCUGUUCACGAACCAUCGACACAGGAUUGACCUCGAUGCAGAAACAUCGAAGGGGAACAACGCGCUGCAUAUAUCAGCGAAAAGGCUGCGGGCGUCGCACUGUGAGAUUCUCCUCCGCGAAGUAUGGCGACUUGGACCUGUUUACCGCUCUUCUACGCAAAACAGAUCCGACGCAGAUCCAUGAUCCCGAUACGAACGGGGAUACUCCGGUCUCGCUGGCAGCGAGUUGUGGGCGGACGGACAUUCUGCAAUAUCUGCUUGAACAGGGCGCCGAUGUAGAGCACCGGAACAAACAAAAGCAUACACCCCUUAUGCUGGCGGUUCGAAAUAAGAGGACAGCGUCUGUUGAAACAAUCUUGGCUUUCGGAAAAACAGAUGUCAAUGCGAAAGAUUCGAAUGGAAGGACAGCACUCAUGUACGCCGCUGAAAUGAACCACCAGAAGGGCGCAGAUAUUUUGUUACAAACGCCUGGAAUUGAUGUGAACUCGCGAGACGAUGCUGGCUGGACGGCUCUCGCAUGGGCGGUUUCGCCGUUCGGUUUUAUGCGCAGAAAAGCGAAAAAAAAUUAUAGACGGUGGGAGAUCGAGAAACUACUGCUGAAGAAUGGUGCUGCUCGGGAGUGGCGGUUCGCUAUCAGAAGCACUGUGUCGUUGUACUUUCCUAG